GGAGUUCCCGGGCGGCUGCCUCCCGUGAGGAGCUGAAACGGGAAGCGCCAGGGCUGUGCGGGCCGGAGCUGCGGCGCUGGAAGCAGCAGCUUUUCCACCAUGAGGAUGAAAUACCUGCUCCCCGCUCUGCUGUACCUCUCGCUUGUGCUGCUGGGGCCUGGCGAUGGAGUCAUUGUAUUGUCUGUCCCUAAGGUGGUUUCAUUAGAAAGUGGAAGUUCAACAAAUGUCACUAUCUCACUGAGGGCUCCACUAAAUGUGACACUGGUGAUAAAUUUUAAUAUUACACACUCGUCAAAACACAGCACUAUUGUUGAACUGCCUGAUGAAGUACAGCUGCCUGCAGGUCACACUAAAGCAGACUUCAAAGUGAAAGCAGAUGAUGUGGGACAAGUAACAGUUUAUCUUUACACCAUUAAUUCCAACUUAACUGGACCUAGGAUGCAGUUUCAGGUGAUUCACAGCAUCAUAGUGAGAUAUGCUGAUGAGGUGAUUGGCUGGAUCUAUUUCCUCGCUUGGUCUAUCUCCUUUUAUCCUCAGCUCUUUGAGAAUUGGAGACGAAAAAGUGUAGUUGGACUAAGCUUUGACUUCUUAGCAUUAAACCUUACUGGCUUUAUAGCAUACAGUGUGUUUAAUGUGGGACUUUUCUGGAUUCCCUUGUUUAAGGAGGAAUUCUUAGUCAGCUAUCCCAGUGGGGUGAACCCUGUGGGUAUCAAUGAUGUUUUCUUCAGUCUCCACGCAGUAGCGCUCACUCUCCUCGUCAUCCUUCAGUGCUGCAUCUAUGAGAAAGCAGGUCAGAAAGUAUCCAAGAUCGUUGUUGGACUCCUGGCACUUGCAUGGAUCUUCACCUUCACAACACUGUUCCUAGCUGCAGCUGAGGAGAUGACAUGGCUACAGUUCUUGUUCUGCUUCUCUUACAUUAAGUUAGCAGUCACACUGAUCAAGUAUUUUCCACAGGCAUAUAUGAACUUCCGUCGGAAGAGUACUGAGGGAUGGAGCAUUGGAAAUGUGUUACUGGACUUCACUGGUGGAACCUUCAGCCUUCUCCAGAUGUUUUUACAGUCAUAUAAUAAUGAUCAGUGGAAGUUAAUCUUUGGAGAUCCAACCAAAUUUGGCCUGGGUGUCUUCUCCAUAAUCUUUGAUAUUGUUUUUAUGAUCCAACACUACUGCCUUUAUAGGAGACAAGGGUAUGAACCUUGUGAAUAACAUCACUGAUGACAACAAACACUUUACACUGAACUUGCUCCCAGCCUGGAUGAGGGCUUGUGGGAUGCCUGCUGCCAGUUAUCAGGAGUACUGACAGAUCUGUUUGUACUUUGAUCCUCUCUGGUAUGGAAUACAAACUGUUUCCUUGCCAAAUGCUGAUUGCCAGGUGCCUUAAAGGACAGCAAGCUAUGUAACCACCACUCAUAAAUGGAAGACCAAAGCCUGCUGAAGAUGCAGACAGCUUAGUGUGAGCUGCUGAACAACAUAUGGCUCUUGUUCCAUUCACAGAAAAAAAAGAUCAGAGUGUCUUUGGGUGGAAGUGAAGCAUAAAGAGCACAAGUCUGAGAUAGUUUUUAUGAACCACUCAAUGUAAUGACCAAAGACUGACUAUGGAUCUCCAUGCUGCUGACUCCUCACAGAUCACAGUAAAACACCACUCCUUUGAUGAAUGGAAGAAUACACAAAUAUUAGAAUCUGAACUAUUUUAAAUACUGGGGAAAGGGAGAUGCUGUACUCUUAUUUCACUGAAAGCUCUUUCAAAGGUGCCAAGUGCUCAUUUAUCUGACUACUUCUAGUGCACUAACCAAGUUUUGCUCCCUUCUUCUGACAUGCCUUGAAUUCUAAGUGGUGGAGGAUAAAGAUUAAAGAUUUAUCAAAGAGAUUAUUUCUGUGGAUUGUGUUACCAGCCCCAUGACUGAAAUUUAAGUGUAUGUCUUUAUUCCUGGGCAGCUUUCUGACUACUUGUGGUAUGUUCUAGGUAGAUAGCAAGGUGCUGAGUUACUUGAAGGGAAGCAUUAUACCCUGUAAAAGAACUAGAAAGGAAUCCAUGUUUGUACUUCAGCAUUCAAGUAUUAUUCAAGACCUAAUACAUCUUACUAGGUGUCAACCUAAGGAAAAGUAGAACCUUCGCAGCAGAGAGCAGGCAAGGUUUGAUAGCUCAUUAACAUUGCAAACACCCACCCAGUGACAUCAGCCCACACUGACCUCAGGCUGCAUCGUGUUGAUGUAAUCCACAAUCCACUUGGAGCAAGAAAAAAAAGGUCUCAGCUGGAAGCAUUCAAGUGAUGUGGCAUUCUUAACUGCAAGAAGAAACAGCUCAGGAAAACCAACUUUGUUUUAUUGUGUGUAAAAUCAAGUGGAAUAACAGUACAAAUAGCAGUGUAUCUUUAUAGUAACAAAAAUAACUUCAACCUGAAAGCCUUAAAAUUACCAAGUUCUUAACUUACAAAAUUGAAAAGCAGUACUGUAGGAAUGCUAUAGGUAUAAAAAUGCUCACUAGGCACAGCUGGUGUGUACAGAACAGUCUUGAGAUGCACUCAUCACAACAAACCUACAUGGCACAGCAGUAAUCUACUGAAUAAGUUAGUCUGCUGCUUUCUCCUGUUCUAUUUACAACAGCUUACCUGAAGACUGCUUAAGGAAAAUGUAGAGAAGUAUAAAUCAACUCCAGUUUUUGGAUAAGUGUAAAGCUAGCUGGUCAGCAGCCCACUAGGGUGCUAGGUAAUUAGUGUUGUAGCAAGAAUCUGGAAUCCUGUGGUAUGUUGAUUUAAACAACUUAUCUUCAGUUUGGUGAAGAGGCACUUGUGCGAGUGAUUGGCAUCCUCAUCUUCCAUCCAACAAAUCAGUGGUUUAAUCAAAGUCUUCUAGAAGACAGGCCAAAAUCCACCCCUCCCAAGCCUGACAGAAGCGGGAUGAAGAAAUGAAGCCUCUACAAUUAUGAACAGCUCUUUUGGUAAGUUCAGCAACACCAUUACCUUUUCUGCUCCAUAUUCCUUUAAAUUAAACUUGCUUCAUUUGAUGUUAAAUUA